GGGUGGACCCAUUGCGUUGGUACUACGCAUGCGCAGAGCGCAAUAUGUCACACAAGUGAACGUUACGUGACUGUUUUGCUCGAGAUAAAUUGGGCAUAUGUGUUUCCACACACGGACACAAACACUGAGAAUCCAUGGCGGAGGAAGAGCAGGAGAGGAAGCCCAAGGGUUUCAGGCUGCUGGGAAUCCUGGAUGUCCAGAACACGCCGUGUUCCAGAGACGCCGUCCUGCACGGAGCCGGGGGCUCGGUGGCUGCUGGCCUGCUGCACUUUCUGGCCACAAGUCGGGUGAGGAGGUCGUUCGACGUGGGGUUUGCUGGCUUCAUGCUCACUACGCUCGGGUCCUGGUUUUACUGCAGAAUGAACAACGCAAAGCUUCGCGUGCAGCAGAGGAUGAUCAAAGACGGGAUCCAGAACAAGGUCGUCUACGAGGGCACCAGUGCAGACCCCACAAAAAAACCUGGAGCAGAAACGCCAUCGGGGCCCUCGUGACCUCAAGGUUGGAAACUCCUCCACUGGCAGAAGAGAGGACACCGUCCUACAGAGACGUUUUGUAGAAGACCGACUGGCAUCGAAGGACAAAGCUGAAAUUCCAACAUAUAUUAUACAAGGACUGAGGAGCAGAUUUUGCCCUCGAGUGUAUCUUGAUCCUGAAACAUGUUUUAAGGUAAAUUAUUUCAUAUCAUCCCUCCAUCCACCGGGCAGAUGUACCAAUGAAACCAGUCGAAUCAAACCCUGUGGUGCACUGCAUGCUGGGAAUUGGAUGGCUUCUGUCUGUCUGAAAGUAAUUCAUCUUUAAUUGUUUUAUCAUUUUGGUAUUUAAAAGUUGAAUGUGUGGAAGAUAAAAUUGUAUCCUGAUGUAAUGAUGUGUCCGUGCAGUUUUGGGACGGUGUGGAAGAUAUAAAAGUAAAUGUUGUUUCCUUCCAAUGUUGUCAACUAAUUGACUACUAUGUCUGCAAUAAAAUCAAUAGGUGAGUAAAUAAAUGAAA